GUCUAAUCUAGGUUGAACAGCAACCAGCUACAACACAGUUUAAAUGUUAAAGAAGAAAUUAGUUAAUUUCAAAUAGGAUGGCUGAGUUCUGAAACAGCAGUUUCACAGAGUGUAGGGAAAAAUUGGGUUGCAUUUAGGUUGUAUCAUCGUCACCACUUAAGGGAAGAGGAAGUUAAGCUGCAAAUUUGACGUGCUUUCAUUUGGUGUUUUGCUGAUCUUCAACCACGGCAGCCUGAUGCAAAUGCUAAUAAUUCUGCAUAAUGAUCAUAAUUUCAAUGAAACUUAUUUUAACAGUGGGUUUUGGCUGCUUAGAGAGUGUUUAAUAUGCUUCAGACUCAAUCUGUUUUUAUAAAGUGUUUUCCUGAAAAUAAAAAUAUGUUUAUCAGCCAGCAUGCAGAAAAUAUUAAUUUCUUGCACACAAACAAUGAUGGAGGACUUUAACGCAUCAGAUUGAAAGUUUACUUUAGCCUGAAAAAAUUGCUGUAAUUCAAGGGAGAACUAUAGAUCCCAAUAAUUUAAGAGUCAUCCAAACACCAACAAACAUAAAUCUAUCAGUUGGAGACUACACUGAAAUCACCUGUAUUUGGGAAAAAGCUGUUCAGAGGUGUAGAGCAUACUGGAAUUUUGUUAAUAAAAUGAACAUCACUAAAAGUAUAUCAUCAAAACUUCUCUAUUUGUCCAACAUCACCCAUGAAAAUAAGGAUGUGCUAGUCAUCAAAUCUGCCAAUGUAAAUGACACUGGAUUUUACUACUGUGAGAUAAUUAUUGAAAUACCUUUCCUUAAGAAACUACGUGGAAAUGGGACAACAGUGGUUGUCGAAGAGAAAGAGGCUCACUCACUGGAAAGGAGAUAUUUGGAAGCAUGGGCCAUCCUUCCUUUUUUAGUGGCAGUGGGAAGCUUGUAUCUUUGCUACAAAAAGAAGCAGCACUCCACACCGUCUGGUGCUGCACUGCCUCCUGUGCUGACAGCAAGGCAAGAGCAGGAGCAGAGACUUGAGGUGGAAGAGCCUCCUGGGAGAAAUGAAUCCACCAGGGAAGCAGCUGAGGAAAACUCAUCAUCCAAUUCUGCUGAAUGGGCUGUGUCUAUGCUUUAUGAAUCACUUGAAAUUAUUUGCAAUGAAUCAGGAGGAAAAGAUGACAAAUCCACUGCGACUACUGUAUCUAAUGGAGAAGAUGAGCAAAUCCCACAAACUAGGGCAGCUGAAAAGCCUAGAAUGAGACAAGAAUCUUCUACCUACCUUGACAUUGAGAACUAAACAAAAUAUGGCUAAAUAACUAUGAAACUGAAAAAUAUGAUAAUUUGCUGCUGCAAGAUGGAUUACAUGUUUCCUGUCAAAUGCUUGUCAGUGGGACAAUAUAUAAGAAAAACAGUUGGCUCUAAGCAGGUUUUGUGUGUUUUGUCACUAACAAAACAUUCUAAGGAGUCUCUGAAUUUGGAGGAUAUGUCUUUUAGGAGACUGUCUUCAGCUCUUCCUCUGGUGUCCAGAAAUACCCUGUUUACCAUACUUUGAAAAAAAGCUUCUGGACUGAAAAACAUUCUCCAACAUGAGCAUUUCUUCAGGAAGCCCAGGAAUGAAUAGGAGAUGGUAGAGACAAAAAUGCAUGGAGUCUGAGCCCUGAAACUGUCAUCAGUUCUGACCACAUCAUAGACAGAGGGGAAUGCCAGAAAGGAUUAUAUUCCUGUGGAAAGGGACUGUUAGUGUUAAUUCAUUCACAAACUAUGAAAAGUCUUCCAGAGAACGAAGUCUCCUACAUACAAUGAAAUAUUAUAAUUAAAUGAAGAUAUAUAUAUAUAUAUAUAUAUAUAUAUAUAUAUAUAUAUAUAUAUAUAUAAAAUGUGUAAUUAUUGUCUAACUGGUUGAGGAUGGCUGCUUGCAGGAGAUGGGGUGGUAAUGCUUGUUCUACUUUUGCCAGCUUUAAAACUUUUUCAAAAAAUCAUUGAAGAAAAACCAAAGUUGAAAACUUUGGUUUGCUACACAAGAAAACCAUAAUCUGUAAAAUGGUGACCUUCAGCCCAAGUCCCUGUUCAGGCAAGCUCUCAGUUAUGCACCAGGGCUGUAAGUGGGUGCAGUAAAUUUUGGUCUUUCUAUGUACUGCUGCUUACUUCUGAGUUUAAUCACAAUGAGAUGUACAGUUUUCAGGAAAAAUGUUAAACAAAAGCACAGCUUAAUAGUCUCCAAAUCCUAUUUUCAUUAAAUUUUGAUUAAAUGUGCCUCCUAACAGCAAAGAAUGCUGCCUUCUUAACAGCUACUAGUGUUUUGUAUGUUAACAUGGUCAUUUCCAACAUCUGUAGAAGACUGCACCCAAUUUAUCAUGACCUAUUUUUAUCUGUGGCUGGCAGUGGUGGCUAUGAGCCAGCAGAGUAUUUUUAGAUCUCCAGCUUUUGACACCUCUGCCUCAAAGAUAUUAACUUCUCUGCUUCUGUGCCACUUGGGAAGCAAUAAAUCCUUCUGUGUUUUAGUUCUUCUUGGCUGUUUUGUUAGCUUUGAAACAAAAACAGCGCUCUGUAAUUAACCUCAGGUCACGUUCUAGCAUGCAGUACGAUCUCAGUUUUAACUGCCUGUUUAGCUGAUGAGUAUAUAAUGAAUAAACCUGUUUAAUAAUAGAACUUGAAAACAGUCCUGGGCCCUUGCUUUUAGCCAUUUUAUUGGUUAUUCUCUUUUGAACAAGCUGCUGAAAAAUGAUGGUUCCAUUCCAUUUAAUUUGAUGCCCAAAGUCCUGUGUUGAGCACAGGCUGAAACACGCUGAUUUAGGAGCAAGUCUGGCACAAUGAAUUCAAAAGCCUUGUGUGUGCUCUAUGCUUUUAAUAUCUCACCAAUGUACUUGGCUUAGUCAUAGUCCUACAAAUGAGGCUCCCUCUCUGCUUCUGUCACGCUCAUGACCCUGGUUUGCAGAGCUAGUACAGCCUACCUGAGCCUGAACUCUCUCUCUUCCCAAUCCAUUGCAAAACCGUGCAAGGAGUCACAUCUUAUUUAUUCUGCCUAGCACUUGGGUAGCUGCUCUCAGUGACUGAGUAUGAUCCAGCUUGCACAUUUUCUUCCAAGCCCUGGACUGGGGUUCCUUCCUCUCGCUGGAAGAAGAUUAUGGAGCAGGCAUUCCCGGCUCCAUUACAGCAAGGACCCUCAGUGGCAGGCAGGAUGGUGAGGUGUCCCAAUGAAUGUAUUUGCAGAACAGCCCUGUUUGUGUGUGGUGCUGUGGCUGAUGCUCCUGUGCCUGAUAACGGGGCUGUCAGAACAGCAACGAUGUUGUGGAUUAACCCUGUCUGGCAACUGAGCUCUGCACAGCCACUCAUACUCCUGCCUCCCCUGGGUGGUUACAGCCAGGGCAGCUGUAAAGGGCUUUUUAUUAUCGUUUCUACUAAGCACUCUUCUGUCAGUUCUUUGUAAACAGGAAACUGCGAAUGCAACUGACAAACAAAUACUCAGAUCAAAAGAAUGUGAAGCAAUUUCUCUAAUGAAGAGAAAGGGCAGGUGAUUAUUUGUCAGUGUUUCUUGUUUUCUACAUAAUGUGAAAUGCUGAGAUGGGAGGAAGGAUUUUUAUGAACAUUCAAAAUAAAACAGCUUUGGCUAAGUUGCUGUGGUCUGGUGCUGUGUGCUGGUGAAUUUUGUUGGCUGAGAGAAUGUGACAAAAAUUAGUUCCUUGUCUGUUUUCCAGAGCAGAAUCUGUUGGCAGGGCUUGGCAAUACUUUAUACAGCCAAAGCUGCCCUUCCUAUCCUUGUUUCAGGAAGUUUCAACUCCACAGAGGUGGAGGAGUAUAAAAAGGGUAAGGCAGAGAGGCAACACAUGCAGCAUCUGUGUUAGGUAUUAUUCAUGGACUUAAGACAGGCAGAGAUUAGAGGUAUGACUGAACAACUUAAGGGUUUUAAAUCAUAACAAGCUACUGGGCCUGUCACAUACAUUUGCUCUGAAAUAUUGUCUAUUCUUUUGCCUGCUGAUGUCCUUGUCUUGCCCUAACCUUGAAUGCUCAGCUCCACAAGCCAGGAAUGCUAUAUCUGUAAAUUGCCAGGCCUAACACAAUUGCAGUCCAUGGUUAGGGUUUCUGAUGUUGCUGUGGAAAUAAAUCAUGAAACCAACUAAUAUAUGUUGGUCCCUCUUUUUAGCUUUUAAUUCUGGAGAGAGGAAAAAAGCCAUAAGCUUCUCUAACAAAGCACAAAAUGGUUGGGUAGUAGGGUGAAAGACAUUCCAAAAAUACCCAAUUUUUUAUUUUCUCAGAUAGAAAAGCUUUGCUUUUUCAGUUUAGCAGCUGUACAAUAUUAAAAGUUGUCAUUUCAAGUUUAUUUUUAAAUACAGACUAAGCUUAAUCUAAACUGCAGAUCUAAUCUCAAAGAGGGGCUGCUAUCGAGGUUGUUCCUGGGUAGGAAGAGUUGCAACAGCUUUCUCACCUCACCUUCAGCUGAGCAGCGUGGUCACAGUUGUGUGAGUGCUGAGUCUGGGUGCUGAGCAUGGGGACAUCACAGCUUGUUCCUGGGACACCAUAACCAGUGUCCUGGCACAGCAAUGGCUACCCUAGUUAAGACACAUACAUACCAGGUAGGACAUCUAGAUAGGUAUAAGCAUAUUCAAAGGAUAAAUUUUGGCCAAAAUAAUGCAGUUCCUGUGUUUGUAUUUGUGACCACAUUUUCUCAACAGAGUCAAGCAUGCUCCCUUCUAGGUGAGACUAUUCAUGGUUGGAUUCCCUUCCCCAAAGCAAGAAUUCUCCCACUUCUGUGCAGAUCAUUUUUUAUUUUCCUAUUUGUUGAAAGCUUUCUCUUUUUCUGAUGAGUGAAAUCUGAAGUUAAAUGAUCUGUUACAAAAGUAGGCUCUAGUUCCAUUUCCCACCCCUGCUUCCAGUAUUUCUGAGCCCAGCGUUUUCUGCCAUUAGCAGUGGCAGAACUGCAAAAAAAGCCCCACUCCUUAUCGGUUGCACUGCACUCUGAUUGCUUUCAGGAAACUGAAGGCAGCCAGCUCUGUGAAAUGUGUGUGCCUGGGGAACUUCCACUCCAGCAAUUUGCCUUGUAAAUUACCCUGGCACCAUCUAUGGAUAUCACCUCACUUUACACACAGUUCUGGAAUAGUAGGUCAGUCCUACCCGGAUCCUCAGUGUACACAUAAAUUCAUAUUUCAAAAUAAAAGAAAACAGCUUUUUAAAAAGGGAAAUGCAUAGGCAUUUCUCUGAUGUGUUUCCUGCAUGGACACUCAACACUAAACAACUUUCUCUUAGGUAUUCCUUCCUCUCAGAAAAUUUUUUUGUACAAUGAAGGACAAAGUGUAUUGCUAAUUCAUAAUUAAGCAUGACAGCUAACAGAGCCAAAAUAUUCCUCCCUGCAUACAGAAGUUCCUUGAGAGCUUUGUUGGAAUUGGCUUAUUCAUUUUUGCAUGUUUUACCUCUCUAUAAUAAAUAGGAACUUCCUUUAAAAGGUAUACACUGUUGCUUUAAUUGUUACAAAACAGCUAUCCUCCCUCAUAGCUCUUUUUGAGCCUUUCUGAUUUUUCCUCUCUUUUUCUUUUCAUUUUCUUUUUAUUUUCCUCUUUUUUUUUCUUUUCCUUCCUAUUUUCUUCUUUUUCCCCUAUUUUUUCUGACCAUGCUCUAGACCAACUUUUUGCUAUGCUCACCACAGCUCAGCAGGUUUGGCUGAUAGCUGAGUGGGAUUUUACAUAAGUGUUAAAGUAGAGCAAAUGACACUUGGGCUGCUGGUGAGAGACUGGCUGAGGAAUCAGAUUUAGAAACUACAGCACUUGUGUGGACAACUUUUGGUUACUUUAGGGGGUGACCUCUUUUUCUGUCAUUACAACCAAAAACAAAAACUAUUUUUGGAACACUUAACAUCAAGAACCCUAAAACUGAAGCAUAAAAGAACCCUGCAAAGAAUGGCAUCCAGGAAAUUAUUCAAACAAGGAGUGAAAACUAGACAGAAGUAUUUACCCUGCAAAUAUUAAUUUAUUGGCUGUAAAUAUAUUCAUUGAUUUUACAGUCUAAUGUGGCUAUGUCUCGUGCACAAAUAAAUGUGUUUGAUUAGAGUCAGUAUGCAGUGCUGAGAGUGAGUUUCCCAUGGCACAGCUUUGCCAGAUGACAGUGUUGUUACUCCAACUCUCAGCUCAGGAAAUCACACAGCCAGUUAACUGACUUCAAUCUUAUCCAUUUCACCUGCCUUUAAACGUCACUGAAAUGGUAUGUGAGCUUAUUAAUUGCAUUUUUAAAAUACAUUUUUAAGAUAUUCUGAGAAGUAAAUGAUAAUAAAACAAUGAAAACUGGUCUGUCUAUAAUUUACAGAACCUAUCCAGUGUGUCACUGAGCAGCACACAGUGCUUGUAUGAACUCCUCUUCUGCCUGAGCCCCACCAGUGCCUGUUUAGUCUGCUCUUUUUUGACUUUUUCUGCUAAGCAAUGUAGUAAUUGCAUCAUCUGCUCACUAGACGUAAAUAAAUUCACUGUGUAUUGCAGAAUUGAAAUGAUCUUUAAAAACUGUUAACCAGACACAGAAAAUUUUGAAAACAAGUGCAAAGUAAAUGAAGUGUGUUUAUGCUUGAAGUUCAAUAGAUUGUCCAGGACACUGGAAAAUUCAGGGAGUUUGAUAAUUUUAUCUCAACGUGGAAAAUGAAAUGUUUGUUUAUUGUUCAAAUGUUAUUCUCUUGCUAAGAGGAAAAUAAAUUGCUUUUCAUAUUGCUGCCAAGAAACCAGAAAAAUAACAAGUUCAUAAUUUCAGGUUGUUUUCUUUCUCCUCUGCUUCUUCCAUCCAGAUACAUAACAGAUUUGUGGAAAUUGUCAAAGUCCUUCUUGUGUAGCUUUCUGCACCUUUAG